AUGGGGGGCACAGGACACUUUGUGCUGGACGGGACCAGUGGGGGCACAGGACACUUUGUGCUGGACGGGACCAGUGGGGGCACAGGACACUUUGUACUGGACAGGACCAGUGGACCAGUGGGAGCACAGGACACUUUGUGUUGGACGGGAACAGUAGGGACACAGGGCACUUUGUGUUGGACGGGACCAAUUGGGGGCACAGGACACUUUGUGCUGGACGGGACCAGUGGGGGCACAGGACAAUUUGUGCUGGAUGGGACCAAUGGGGGCAUAGGGCACUUUGUUCUGAACGAGACCAAUGAGGGCACAGGACACUCUGUGCUGGACGGGACCCCACAGGGACAGACAAUGUAG